AUGAAAUUGAGUCGUAUCGCACUUGCUAUGCUUGUUGCCGCUCCAUUCGCUGCUGCUAAUGCUGGUGUAACUGUUACACCUUUACUACUUGGUUACACUUUCCAAGACACUCAACACAACAAUGGUGGUGAUAAAGGCGAGUUAACUAACGGUCCUGAAUUACAAGACGAUUUAUUCGUUGGUGCUGCACUUGGUGUAGAACUUACUCCAUGGUUAGGUUUUGAAGCUGAAUAUAACCAAGUUAAAGGUGAUCUUGACGGUACUGGCGUAGCUGGUUCUGAAUACAAGCAAACUCAAAUCAACGGUAACUUUUAUGCUACUUCUGAUUUGAUCACUAAAAACUAUGACAGCAAAAUCAAACCGUAUGUAUUGUUAGGUGCUGGUCAUUACAAGUACAAACUUGAUGACAUGUCUUACCAUAACAACGAAGAAGGUACUUUAGGUAAUGCUGGUGUUGGUGCUUUCUGGCGCUUAAACGAUGCUUUAUCUCUUCGUACUGAAGCUCGUGGUACUUAUAACUUUGACGAAAAAUUCUGGAACUAUACUGCUCUUGCAGGUCUUAACGUAGUUCUUGGUGGUCACUUGAAGCCUGCUGCUCCUGUAGUAGAAGUUGCUCCAGUGGUUCCAGUUGCUCCAACUCCAGUUGAACCAGCUCCACAAGUUCUUACUGAAGAUUUGAACAUGGAACUUCGUGUGUUCUUUGAUACAAACAAAUCAAACAUCAAAGAUCAAUAUAAGCCAGAAGUUGCUAAAGUUGCUGAUGCGUUAACUACAUUCCCGAAUGCGACUGCUCGUAUUGAAGGUCAUACAGAUAACACUGGUCCACGUAAGUUAAACGAACGUUUAUCUUUAGCUCGUGCUAACUCUGUUAAAUCAGCACUUGUAAGCGAGUACAACAUUGAUGCAUCUCGUUUGUCUACUCAAGGUUUCGCUUGGGAUCAACCGAUUGCUGACAACAAAACUAAAGAAGGUCGUGCUAUGAACCGUCGUGUAUUCGCGACAAUCACUGGUAGCCUCAUGGCAUUAAAUGCCUGUACGUCGACACCAAUAAAUUCAAAUCGUGUUUCAAUCCAAAAACAAUAUCCAAAUGAAGUGAAGUCAUUGAAAAAUGGGCUGUCCAUAUAUUUUCAACCGAAAUCAACAGACAUUGAAGCUGAGUAUAAACCUGCUUUAUCUGUUGCUUCACAAUUAUUGAAAGACAAUAAAAAUUUUGUUCUCUACAUUGAAGGCCAUACAGACAGUACUGGCUCUUUGGCUGCAAAUAAUAAAGUAUCGUUAACGCGAGCAAAUAUUGUCAAAGAUUUUCUCUUAAAUGAAUAUCAAGUCAAUCCAGAACAAUUGAUUACGCUCGGUUUAGGACCAACCAAGCCAAUUGCUGAUAAUAAAACAGCUGAGGGACGAGUGAAAAAUCGACGAGUAACGGUGACUUUAAAAAUUAAGUAA